AUGGACGAAAAUAUCCCUGCAUUACUAGGUCAAUUGGCAGCCAAAGAAGACACUCACAGAGCUGUCAAUUCAGUUGCAGAGACCAAAGGCAAAAAAGAUGACAAGCAGGCGGCAAAAAGAAAAAGUCAUAAAACAAGAAGAAGGAUGUCUGGUGAUGGUGGCGGUGGUGGUAAUCUAAGUCCAAAGAUAUACGCGAUUAUAGUGGGAGCUUCUUUUUGUGUGGUUGUAGAAAUUUUCUGUAUUGUCAUACCAAAACAACAAGCAUCGUGUUACGUAGUUGUCCCUUAUUCUGAUCUUGUUGACAACAUUGAUGAUGGUAGUGUGCUACAUGUUCGAUUUGUGGAAGACUCCAAACAAAUCUAUUAUAACAAAAAAUCAUCAAAUGAAACUCCACUAACUAAAUCAGGAGGGCCAUAA